GCAUGUUUGGGAACGGCGGCGGUUUGAAGCGUGUCACUGACGGCUUGCCGUAGUGUGAGUUUUGUGACGUAUGCGGAAGAGGUUUGUUUUGAGAACAGAAGCAUGGAAGCCGGUGAAGACACGAGAAAGAUCCGAUCCUCAAAACCAAAGAAGAAAAGCGGAAAAGGAACCCAAACGAGAUCAGCUGCAGAUGAAGCGAAAAGGAGAGAGGCUCUUAAAGAGACCCUCAGAGAGAAACUUGAACUUGAACGCAAAGCCCUGCAGAUUGUUGAGAGACUUCUGGAAGACAACGUGACGGAGGAGUUACUUAUCAGUUGUGUAUUGCACAUCACUCCUGCCAACUACAAAGACACAGUAGAAGAACGGUCCAUAGCAAAACUGUGUGGAUAUCCUCUUUGUUCAAAUAAACUCACCAAUGUGCCAACUCAGCAGUUUAAAAUUUCCACCAAGACCAAUAAAGUCUAUGAUAUCACAGAGCGUAAGUGCUUUUGCAGUAAUUUCUGCUACAAAGCCUCCAAAUGUUUUGAACUCCAGAUACCAAAAACUCCACUUUGGCUCAGAAAGGAAGAAAGGCCUCCUGAGAUUAACCUGAUGAAAGAAGGAGACAGAGGCAGCUCAGGGCAAGAAGUAAAAUUGAAAGACAAGCCUAUAACAGAAGCCGACAUUGAGGAUCCUGUCCCAAACGUUGCUGAGCCAUCGAAGGACUUGUUUCCCUGUAGUCAGAGUGACAGCAGUGACACUGAACAAGACUUUGUCUCCAGUGUGGUUUCUAGGCGACAUAAACAUGCACGGGUACAUUGGGGUAAACUGCCCAAGAGAGAUGGACAGAGUGAUCAUGAUGAGCCAAGCGGUGAACAGAAGCAGUCUGCACGUUCGCAAGGCCCUCCACCACAGAAGGACCCAGAAGGAUCCAGCACAGAUUGUCUGCCUACACCAGAUAAAGUCACAUCUGUUGAAUCGAAUGUUGAAAAAACUGGGGAGCUUUUAAAACAGUGUCAUCUAGAGGACAGUCACAAUGUGACUAACCCUUCCCGGCCUGAGAUUGAAAACACUGCCCUUUCUUCUGGUGGUCUUAACAUUACUCAGGUGGGGAUGAGUAAGAGAGGAGUUGCAGGCCUCAAAGAUCUGUUAAAGGAUCAUAAAAAAGCUAAAUCAGCUCCUAAAGCCAUCAGUCUGUGCCUGUUAGAGCGUCUAAGACAAACCUUUAUGGAAUGGAGAACUGAAGAAACCAUAAAGUUUCUUUAUGGUCCAGAUCACGUUUCAGAGCCUACGGCACAACAAGCAGAAGACUGUGAAGAGGAGCUGGAUGAAGAUGACCUGGAUGAGGGCGAGGUGCUGAAGGUCUUAGGACAAUCAGGUGGAGAGCCUGCCAGACCCAGUGCACCUGCUCCUGAUUUUGAAAAGCUGCGAAAAGAGACUGAGCAGAUGGAGAUGAAAGUGAAGGAGUUUUAUGAAGGAGUUUGUGUCCUGCCUGAGGAGCCAGAGUCGUUCAAAAAAAGUGUUCACACAGAGGACAGUGGGAAGGAUCCUCCUCUUCCUUUAGUUGAUUCACAUGCACAGCACCUGAUUCAAAAACGCAUUGUUGUGGAGAAGCUCAGCAGAAGUUUGAGAGAUGUUGUGGGACCACUGUGCUUAACAAUAUGUGAUGUCAUCAAUGACAUCAAUAAUCUGGUCAGGACUUUCAGGUUUACAAACACAAAUAUCAUUCACAAAAGCCCCGAAUGGACUUUAAUUGCAGUGGUUCUUCUUUCAGCGUUAACAGAAGUGUCACCCCUGCUGAGGGAGUCAAUGACAAGUCCAUCAUCACUGGAGUACAUUUCCUCUUUGAUGAGAGAGUUGAAACUAAAGGAUGAAGAUCUACACAGCCUUGUGUUGCUCUUCAAACCUCAAAUCACCCCACAAGUAUAAUAUCUACUUUACGCUGAAAGCCUUUGCUACAAAGAUCACAUCCAAACGGCUUGAAUCCCGUGUGCUUUCUGCUGUGUGUGAUGAGGUUUGAACUCUGACUGAAGGCCUUGCCACACACUUGACACUUGUGCGGCUUUUCAC